GUGAAAUACUCUCUCGAUACCUCUUUCCCUUCAACCGCUCCUCGCCCAUCCGCUUCUGGCAAACAUUUACCACCAGUGUCGUCCUCAUUCUUCUUUGGACUCUUCCCAUUUUCCUAUCUCGGCUGAUGGCACUCGCUAUCCGCUUAUAUAUAACCACCAGCACCUCUUUCGCCGCCCUAUACCCGUCCUGGAAAUAUCUCUCUGCAUACACAUCUUAUUGCGCUUUGUGCUUUAGUAUUUACCGGCAAAACUUAAGACUUGAUCGUCCGCUUCAGGGCUAUUAUCAAUGCCGCGUUUCAGGUCCAAUUCUUCGUCCUCAGCAAUGAACUCUCCUUUUUCCUCGUCCGACAUCAGCCAAUCCAAUGACAUAUCGUUUUCAGGCAGGUGGUGCGAAUCCAUUGAUGUGCCCCUUUCUCCCAUAUCAAUGUGGAAACAGGAGAAACCAUUCCACGAGUCUGGUCCCUCAUCUAGUAACCCUCGUCUCUCCCUCUCUCCAAUUGGUGGUGCCACAGGUGUUAUGAAAAAACUACUAAGGCGGCGGCGAGGUAACACUGGCAACGGCGACGAAGGAGGAAGUACUGUUGUUGGUGCAGGGGGACCAUCUAGUCCGACAACUAUGCCAUCGUUUGUAAUCGUCGGAGGACAGGGGGGAAUGGCUACAGGGACUACAGUUUACGAUGUAAACCCGCUUCAGUCCCUUUUCUCCUCGUCCUGUCACUCACCAAUCAUGAUUCCCUUGAGCUCGCCGACGAACCCUACUGGCCCUACUAGCCCCAGAAGUUUGAAAUUUUCCACACACCGGGACCCUCGUGCACAGACGAUACAAAUAUCAGGGCCAAAUCCCACAUAUACGCGAGGUCGCUUCUAUCUCUCUUCAGAAAAUGAUCCCCUCAUGAACGGCUUCCUUACCUUGUCCGUUGCGUCAGCUCGCAAAAAGGUGAACAGAAGAUCACUCUCAGCAGAUAGUCUUUGGGCAACAAGAGAACAGCGGUCAUCCCUGAGGCUUAGCAAGCGUUCAGACGGAUUGAUCACCGCAGUUGGUCACCAAUGGAAACACAUGUCGCAGGCAUCCUUGCUGGAGAGCAAGCAAAGUAAUUCUGGACUGCUACUGGGCCUGCAGGAUCAUCAGCAGAAGCGCCCUCUAUAUAUAAAAGAGGUCGGCUUUGAAUUUUACAGCAGUUCGGUCGAGUUUUUGAACACGCACCACAAUCGAACCAACACCGCAGACAACUGGGCCAGCAGGAACAAACGGAAACCAUGCAUCCCUGCAAGACGCCAAAGCGAAUCCUCUUUGCUCAGCAGUAUUCUCGAGGCGAAGAAUACGCCUUCCAGCAUUGGGAUCGAGGCAAUAAACAAGGAACGUGAGGAGAUGAAUGAUAUAGGUCUGUUUGGCCUUGGUAGCUGCUGGGAGGACCUUGAUCCUUAUUGGUCUUCGGAAAGUUACAUGGAGUGCGAGUAUCGCUCUCUUCUUUCAUCGGUUGACAUCAUGUUGAUAUCCAGUAUUUCUUCACCUACUCGGUACUACGACUGCCCUAGGACGCGGCAAGCUGUUAGAACCUACCUGACUGCAGGAGAGCGCGAGUUCGACGACAUGAUUGAGUUUGGCUUCCCAUCCUCAGAGGUUAUUGAAGAUAAGGAGGGCAAGUCCAAGGACUACCGGUUCCUGACACUGAGACUCACCCUGACGCCAUGGCAUGCUCGAGCGGACGAGACGAUGCUCUAUGGUUCAGGGGACUCUGAAGGGUCAAUGCCGCUCAAGGAUAUGAUGAACAAGUUUCUCUCUCGUACCUCUGCCAUGCUCUCUUCUUCCCCGCCACGCGGUCUGCAUUCUGCGUCUGAUCCAAAACUCCCGUCUGCCAACGACCGCAGAUCUCCUGCUCCUGAUGAUGUAAGCACACAAGCAAAAAAUCAAAACGCUCAGUACGAGAGUGCACGAUACACAACAUCGACUUGGCCAGGAUUACAUCCUAUAUCAGACGCGACCGAUGUACAUUCAACUCCCUCCAGUCAUGCGGAGCCAUCAGGCGCGUCGUCUAGGCAACGAAAAGACGGUACAGUGCCUCCUAAGAACGCCGCGAGGAACAAAGCAUGCGGCCCGCGAAAGGACAAAGGAUUCCGUAUCAUGGAUCCCUCAAUUGUGUCGAACGCGUCUUCUAGCGUCUGCAGUAUGCGCUCUGGUGAAUAUUUGAACACGGAACCCGAAUCCUGCGCUCCUUCGUCACCAGCACCAUCCCCUACCACGCUCUGCCGCCACACCUAUCCUCAGCAACAACAACAGCCUCCCAGGAAGGGCUCUCUUUCUCCCCUAUCAUUGCCUAUGAGCACAAAUCAUCACAGUGAGAAAAACAUGCCGGUUCCACCUGUGAUUCCUCCUCGUCGCAAGGCACUCUCGCCGCCGAUCCCACCUAACGAACCUGAGCAUCCCCAGCCUAUCCUUGACACGACCUCUACGCGAUCCCAAUCGACUGCACCGUUUACCACAACGAGAAAAGCACACGCAACCCAAUCGCAGUCUUCAUCCCAUGCGCACUUCCAGCCUCAACAGGCGACCGUUACAACCUCUUCAUCCCCAUUGUCGUCUCCAAGAACUACAACUCCAAAUUCCACGCUGAGCGCUAGUCCUAUCCAGCCUCCGUCUCCAAUCGCGGACGCUACGCUGCCGAUCCCUGUUCUGGGCACGAACAGAAACGUAACGUCCCCCCGUCGUCAGCAGCAGCAACAGCAGCUAGCAGAUACGUCGGAUUUGUAUGGCGGUAUUACAGCUAUGAGGGCCUCAAGGGCAUCGGUGAGAAAUAGGGCAGGGCAAUCAAUCACGAUAACAAUGGCUACGCAGCAGCAUUAUGGGCAGCAGUACCAUUCACAAACCGUAUACCCUCUGCGUCCACGUCGACGACAGGAUAAUGGCAGCAAUACUGUCUCGCCGUUGGAGGUCCACAAAAUGUAUAUGCCACGAACACCAUACACCCCGCCUGUCAACAGCCACUAGGGCGAUAAUAUACUAG